UGAAUUCGUCGCAAGGUGGUAACCUGUUCAUAAAAAACUUGUACUAACCACUACGGAGUUUAUAAUAAUGAUAAAAAAAUAGAACGGUUUAACGGCAAUAAAAUUGUUAUUGGUCUCUGUUUCGAAUAUUAUAAACGGGUUAAAUUCCCAGAAAUGUCGAUUGUUAAUAUAAUCAAGAAGGCAUCAAGUCGUAUUUUGGGGGUGGAUAAAUCUAUUGACAAAAUCGAUAUAUAUGAGGACAACGAAGUUUUGUUUUGCAAAAAUAAUGUCUGCAUACACCCACCCAUUUCUAUACGACAGGAAUCUGAGUUAAUACACUAUCCAGGUUAUUUGACUGUUACAACGAAGACUUUCGUGGACCAAUUCAAUAAAGCCAGUCGGUCAACAUUGUUACUAACUUGGAUCCCCAACUCCUCACUUUGUAAAUCUAAGUCAGAAGAAAAAAAACUCUACAACAACAUGCACUGCGAUGUAUUUGAUAUGAAUGGAACAUACGAUAUCGGUAUUUCCAAUGUAUUAAGAAAUGAAACAAUUACCGAUAGGGAGCAGAAAGGCGAAAUAGAUGGUUCAAAUAUUGAUAUUCAGGAGCUUAAAAAUGAGUUACAACCUCUUCUGGGGGACCACAUUAAUUCAAUACGUGAUAUUAAUGCUUUACUGAAUAGAAGUCACAUUACAUCUGUUAAUAUAACAAUUUCUAAUCCACAUAUUGAGAACACCAAUGUAAAAGACUCAAUAAACAGUGUUGUAACCGAUAUAAAUAAAAUGUAUCUUAAUCGCGAAUAUUAUAUAUCCGAUGACAUCGGGCUCUGUUCUGAGACUUCGAGUUUAUUAUCUUUACAUCACAAGCCAAAGUCGUGUGUUGAAUAUUCAAUUACUCGAAAGAAUACAAAUUGUCGGCGAUUUUCAGUAGACCUCAGUCAAAUGCGUUCAUUGCGUUUGUUUUUCAAUGACGAUAACUGUACUUCCGGGCAAUUGGUAAUUGCCUCAAGAGAGUCACAAUAUAAAAUACUUCACUUCCAUCAUGGUGGUUUAGAUCAUUUAGCUCAGGUUCUUCAUCAAUGGCACGGUUUUCUGCACAAUAUUGCAUUUACAUCCGGACAAAAGCAACAGAACUUACCGUAUCGUCAAUUUAUGGUAUGCCGCCCAGAGAUAAAAAAGCAUGAAUUACAUCCUGAUGAAGGCAGCGUAAGAAAAAUAACCACUAAUUUCUUUUAUGGAACUUUAAUUAAUGUAAAAGGACAAAUCGAAGAUGAUUUGCUUCUUCGCAAAUGUGUUUUCUUUGGUGGGUUGGAGAAAAGCUUACGUCGAACUAUAUGGCCUUUCUUAUUAAAAUGUUACUCGUUUUCUUCAACUUUUGACGAUCGAGCUGUUCUCAUGGAUAUUAGAAAACAAGAAUAUGAUGAAUUAACUCGGAAGCGCUUAUACUCAAUGUCUCCAGAAGAACAAAUACAUUUCUGGAAGUCGGUGCAAUGUGUUGUGGAAAAAGAUAUAGCCAGAAUAGAUCGCACCAACGCAUUUUUUUAUGGAGACGAUAAUCCAAAUCGAGAAAUUAUGAAGAAUAUAUUGUUGAACUAUGCUUUUAAUAAUGCAGGAAAAAAUUAUUCACAGGGAAUGAGUGACUUAUUAGCUCCUGUAUUAUGUGAAAUACAAAAUGAAUCGGAGACGUUUUGGAGCUUUGUUGGCUUAUUGCAACGAUCUUUAUUUGUAUGUGCACCCACCGACGCAGAUAUUGAUAGAAACCUAAACUAUUUAAAAGAACUAAUCCGCAUCAUGUUGCCACGUUUUUAUGAACAUUUGCAAUUACAUAGCAGCUCAAUGGAGUUGCUGUUUUGUCACCGAUGGCUAGUUUUAUGUUUCAAACGCGAAUUCACCGAAUCGGUAGUUAUCCGAAUGUGGGAAGCGUGUUGGUCCAACUAUCUUACUGAUUAUUUUCAUUUGUUUUUGUGUCUGGCAAUUAUUGCCGUUUACGCCGAUGAUGUUGUUGCUCAGGAUUUGCGUGCAGAUGAAAUGUUAUUUUAUUUUAGUUCGCUCGCCAUGUAUAUGGAUGGAGAGCUAAUUCUUCGAAAAGCUCGUGGUCUACUAUUUCAAUACCGCCAAUUGUCAAAAAUACCUUGUACUUUAAGCGGCUUAUGCAAAAGAUGUGGUCCUGGUAUGUGGGAUUCCGAACACUGUCCAGCGUUGGAGUGUGUCGGUCAUUCGCAAGAUGACAGAUGCCCAUUAGAUAUUGAUUGAACUAUAUGCAGACAAUGCAUUCCAAAAAAAACUAAAUACUAAUACAAGUUAAUGUGCUUUGAUUUUUAAUUCGAUAUUAGUAUUACCGUGAAUUUAAAGCUUUUGUGACGCCUAUUUAUAUUAUUUGUACAACAUAGCUUUAAUUAUUGUUUUUGCUUUAAAUUUAAGCCUGUAACUAUUUGUUAAUAAAAAUAUAUUGUUGUAUAAUUAUAUAAUUGUACAAUAUUUUGAAAAUAUGAAUAUAAUGGUCUAAGACAGGAACAUAAA